AGUGAGACUCACUUGUGCGUGUGAUAGAGAGGGGUAGACACAAAUUUUCUUUUGUGACCCAAGAAAGAAAAGAACAAAGGGAACAACCCAAAUUAAUCGCCGGUUGCGCGUAAUGGUUUUUCCCUAAUUCCGCAAAUUUCUUUCUAUCAAAACCCCUUCUACCCUAAUAGGAUUUGGAACCAACAACCACCGGAGUUGUACAGAUUGCGGCGACGAUUGGACUUCAUUGGAGGGCAUGUAAUAUGGUUGAAUGAUUCAUAUUUUCGCAAAUGGUCAACCAAUGGUGUCCUCAACAUCCCCCAUUGGCGAAUAUGAUCACUCAAAAAUUUCCAGAAAGCGCCUUAAAGUUUCAGAUCCCUCCGCCCACUUGGCAUCUUCAAUUCGCGGUGAUGAGCAAUCUGCAACGGAGAUGAGUUGCCAGUCUAAUGGCAACAACAGUGGUAUUCCACAUUCUUGUAAUGACGUAGGCAACAGUUACUUCAGCAAUGGACCAUCUUCUUCUUGUUCUUCUUAUGUGAGUGGAUGGAUGUAUGUCAAUGAGCAUGGGCAGAUGUGCGGUCCUUAUAUCCAGCAGCAGUUGUACGAUGGUUUGUCUACUGGUUUCUUGCCAGACGAGCUCCCUGUUUAUCCUAUAGUCAAUGGGACUUUGAUAAAUCCUGUUCCCUUAAAGUACUUUAGGCAGUUCCCUGAUCAUGUUGCUACAGGAUUUGUUCAACUCACUUCAACCACAGCUUCCAGUUAUUUAAAUUCUUCCCUUACCAGUAUCCAACACGCUCCUUCCCCUUUCCCCUCUCAGUUCAGAUGCGGUUCAGGGGAAGAUGUAUGUUGGUUGUUUGAAGAUGGUGAGAGUAGGAAACAUGGGCCUCAUUCCCUUUUGCAAUUGUUUUCUUGGCAUUGCAGUGGUUAUCUUGGAGAUUCUAUUAUGAUUUAUCAUGCUAAUGAUAGGUUUUGUCCCACCAACUUGUUGUCUGUUUUAAAUGCUUGGAAAGGUGGUCAGUUUGUUGUUGAAAAUGAACAUGAGUCAUCUGUCAACUUCAUAUCAGCAAUUUCUGAAGAAGUUUCUUCUGAUUUGCAUUCUCGAAUUAUGCAAGUAGCUCGUAGAGUUAUGCUAGAUGAAAUAAUCACCACUAUGAUCUCAGAGUUUGUUGCUGCAAAAAAAUCUGACAAGCAUCUAAUGGUUGAGUCAUGCAACCAAGAUGUUAAAAGUUCUGAUGGAAAACUGAUUAAAAAUACCCCUGAAAGAAGUAUUCGUUGUACUCCCACGUUUGGCACAGCAGGCUCUCAUGAUGUAUCUAGUCCGUCAAUUCAAGAAUCUACUGAUUUUGAUGCAUGUCAAAAAUCUGUGGGAAGCAUUGAAAAUUUUUGGGGUUCUUAUUCGGUUGUUUGUAAGAUGCUUUUUGAGUAUUGCAUGGAAGUUACAUGGAAUGCUGUCUUUUAUGAUAGUAUUGUUGAUUUCUUGUCUUCCUGGAGAAAGGGAAAACUUUGGUUGGGUCAGCCAAAUGUUAUGGCAUCUGCUAAUGGCUCCUUUAAUCAUGGCAAGGAGACUGAAAAUGUAAAAGCUACAACUUUCUUCUCUGGGAAGGAAUUGAUGGCCCAUGAUAUUGAUUGUCCACCUGGUUAUGAAUUGGCAACAGUUUCUGUAGAUAACCAUGCAGAAGAGAUGCAUAUAUCUUCAUCUGCAGUGCAGGAAACUUUAUCCAAACAGAACAGUCCAUUGCACAUUAAUGGCCUUUAUGGUGGCAUACAAUGUAUCCUGGAAGGUGUUGAAAAUGAGCUCCAUUUUUCUGCUAUGGUGUUUAUGGCUGACUAUGUUGACAAUCUUGUUAAAAGUGAAGCCAAAGUCGUGAUUGAUCUGGAAAAUGAUGAAAAAUUGAAUGAAAAUCCUAAUAAAGAGGACGCAGACAAAUCAGUCAAUUUCUCGAUAGAUGAGGAAUUGAAAGAGUUACAAAAGCUGCAAGACACGGUUGGAUCUUCUGGUCAGUGCCAUCUUUCUUCUAUAUCUGCCAAUCUGAACUCAUUAGAACCACAGAAGCCUGGUUGUCAAUCUAUAUCUGAAAACGAUUAUACUAAAAGGGAUGGUACCUUUAUGGUUGAGGGAUUUAAAAGAUUGUUUGGGAAGGCUGUGGAUGUAAGUAAUGAACAAGAAGUUGACGAGCCAUCACCUCCUGGAAUUGAGGUUAACUCUGGGAUUCUUGUUCCAUCACACAUUUGUAAAUUUCGACCUUCAACUACAGUUGAGCAUGGCCCUAAGAUUGGAGAAUAUGUUGCCAUGGCAAUUUGUCGUCAGAAGCUCCAUGAUGAUGUACUAAGAGAGUGGAAAUCAACAUUUGCUAGUAAUGUUAAUCUUUACAAGUUUAUUGUGUCAUGGCGUAGUUUGAAGAAACAGAGUGAGGCUGAUGGCAAAGAGGAAAAGAAGUUUAGCGAAGACAAGAAAAAUCUUGCUGGUUUUUCUGCCCCACGAGAUAAGCCCAGGGAGGGGUCAAGUAAGUCUAUCAGUUCUGGCUCCUCAGAGGUAUCUUUAGCGACUGGUACAUGUACAUAUUACCGAAAGAAGUUGGUUCAUAAGAAGUUAGGACCUUCUCACUCCAUGAUUAUCAAUGGGUCACAGGAUCAACCUGUUGAAAGGCCUUUGAAGAAAGAGUCUUCCAAGAAUUUGUUGGAUCAUGCAGAUCCAAAACUAACUGAUGCCCCUUCUAAAAAGGUUGGGACAAAUAAAAGCAUGUCUCAAUCAUCUAAUAUUUCUGGGUCAUCAAAAGUCAUAGCUAAGAAGAGUUUGCACAGUGAUCAUUCAUCACCCAAGAGUGCAAGUUGUCAGAAAACACCAAAGGAUGCUUCUGCUGUUCGAAAAACUAAGAGUUUGCUCAAUGACCACUCGGAACCCAAGCAUGCGACUCGUCAGAAAACAUCAAAGGACGCUUCUGCUGUUCAAAAAACUAAGAAGAGUUUGCUCAAUGACCACUCAUUACCCAAGAGUGCAAGUUGUCAGAAAAUAUCAAAGCAUGUUUCUACUGUUCAAAAAAAUUUGGUUGGAGAAGGUGCUGUUAAAGCCAGAGGGGAAACUGCAUCAGCCUUUCAGAAUUGUGAUGAGAAUAUUGUAGGCAGGAGUAACCAUACUGUUGGAAGUGAAGGAGAGCUUACUAAUGAUUCCUCCAAGAAAACACUAAAAGCAAAGAAGGUAUCAGGGGUAAAAAGAAAGCAAUUAAAUAAUGAUGAACAUCCAUCACCUUCAAUCAAGCUACAGAAAGUAGGUAAUGGUGGUAGCAAGUUUUCUUCAUCUAGAGGGGUUGCAGAUCAAAAGGCCCGCAAAACUAGAUCCAGGAUUGCAAAUCCCUGUCCUAGAUCUGAUGGAUGUGCGCGAACUUCAAUUAAUGGUUGGGAGUGGCAUAAAUGGUCUCUCAAUGCAAGUCCCGCUGAAAGAGCUCGUGUUAGAGGAAUUCAGUGUAUUAACAUGAAGUAUUCAGGUCCUGAGGUUAAUAGUAUGGCAAACUUGUCUAGCAGUAAAGUUCUUUCUGCAAGAACUAACAGAGUGAAGAUGCGCAACCUUCUGGCUGCUGCAGAGGGUGCUGAUCUCUUGAAAGUUACACAGUUGAAGGCAAGGAAAAAGCGUUUACGUUUUCAGCGAAGCAAGAUACAUGAUUGGGGUCUCAUUGCGCUUGAGCCAAUUGAGGCCGAGGACUUUGUCAUUGAAUAUGUUGGGGAGUUAAUUCGUCCGAGGAUUUCUGAUAUACGAGAACAGUAUUAUGAGAAGAUGGGAAUUGGUAGCAGUUAUCUAUUUAGACUUGAUGACGGAUAUGUAGUUGAUGCUACAAAGCGUGGUGGGGUUGCUAGGUUUAUAAACCAUUCUUGUGAGCCUAAUUGUUAUACAAAAGUUAUUAGCGUAGAAGGCCAAAAGAAGAUAUUCAUUUAUGCAAAACGUCAUAUAGCUGCUGGUGAAGAAAUUACUUAUAACUACAAGUUUCCUUUGGAGGAAAAAAAAAUUCCUUGCAACUGUGGUUCAAAAAAGUGUCGUGGAUCUUUAAACUAGCAUGCAUGCAUAUAAUUUGCCAUCCCCUUGAUUUGUUACUCAUUUUGAGAAGUCAGCAACAAUUUGAUGCCACAUGCUUGAACAUGCUCAUUGGCAGAGAAGCUUGGCUUGGGUUCUGUUAAACAUUCUCAAUGCCUACUUGGAUUGUGCUACCAGAAGUUUUGGUCGUGAAUUCACCAAUGUGUUUUGGCAGAGCACUUGAAAGGGUUGUGGGCAAAGUUUUCUCAAAUAGAAGCUGAUGGUGUGAUAAAGACCUUUUCACAUGAAGUGGUUUUCCCAACAUCUGGAAGACGAAUUACUUAUCCGUGUUCAUCGUUGUUGUAUAUGCCACUUGCAACUCAAAUAUGGAGAAGUAUAACUAGAGUUUGAUAUAAUCCGAUACAACUAAUGGGGAAAGAAGUUAAAGAAAACGUCAAUUGGUUGGUAUUUUUUAGCUAUAUGUGCUUAUCAAAUGCGCCUGUUAUUUUGGCUUUUUUUGUCUAACACUAAGGUGCAUCGAUUAGGUGACUUUAGACGACGGCCUUGAUAACAUUGGUUUAGCUGAUGCCUGCCUAUCUUGAACUGCAGCCACUGGAAAUUUUUAUUCGACGCAUCUGUAGAGAAGAUGCCAUAUUUUACAUGGGUUUUGAUAUCAUACAUACCCGUUUUAAGCUAUAUGGUCGGGGUUUGAGGUUGUUUCUUCCAACAUUGACAUCUUCAAAGUUCGUACACGGAUUUUCUCAACGGGAGUAUAACUUGUCUUACGACACCCAACACUUGGAUUGAACAAAGCCUGUUUGGCGCAGGAACGUAGUACGUUUAACCCUCCGGUAUGCCCCUCCUCUCUCUCUCUCUCUCUUUUUAUUUUUUUAAUCCUAUACAAUCUACCAACUGCAGAAAUUAUCCGAAAAAUACAAGUUUUAGGUGUUCAAAAUUACCAAAUUCAC